AGAACACAUGAGAUUUUCUCAUGAAAUUGAGCACAAUUGAUCCGUUGACAUUAAAUUUUUACCAUUUUCUUUCUCGGUUUUCAGGUUAAAUAGAAGAAGUUCUUGUGGUGUUGAAUUUCUACAUUGAAAUGAAUCAUUCGGUGAAAGUGUUAAGAUAUGCUGUGAGCAGUUUUCGGAAAAUAUUAAUUGUGCCAAUAAUUAUCACGAUUUUAUUGGUCACACUAUUGCACAAAAAAGACGAUAUUUAUGUUAUUUUAUCAAGUAAUAAAUAUUUUAACGUACAAAAUGAUUCAAAAGUUAUACCGAAUGAAUCCCAACGAAAAAUUGAACCUAAGGAAAUUCAACCAAAAUUGAUAUCCAUCGAAUUUCGAUACUUGAAUUAUACAAAAGCACAAGUCGAAAAGAUUAAAAGAGAUAAAAAAUGUUACGAAUUAGAAAAACCCGUGGAAAAUGUUCAAUUUAUUGACGACAUUGAAAUAUCACCACCAAAACCAGACACGUCCAUUUUUUUCAUUGCAACGUCAUGUAUGAAUGAUGGGCAAUUUACGCUCAAUGCCAGAGAAACAUGUGCGAUUGAAUCAGCUGCAACUCAAAAUCCAAAUCGUGAUGUAUAUGUCUUGUUCGUUUCGCCCGUCGGAUUUACGCCAAAUAAGUCUAAUUCAUCAUUGAUUGGCAUACUAAAAUCGUUUCGAAAUGUUCACUUUCGAAACUUGAACAUUUAUGAUUUUUCAAAAAACACUCCGGCGGAACAAUGGGUUACAAGAGAUCAAAUCUUUUUGUCACCAUAUUUUAAAACGCAAAUGUCUGACUAUAUUCGAUUUUUAACUCUCUACAAAUUCGGUGGAAUUUAUUUUGAUAUGGACUUUAUUAUGAUAAAAAGUGUCGAUGAGCUACCCCCGAACUUCAUGCCGCUGGAAAAAUCAGACAAAAUAAAUGCUUCCGUUCUCGGCUUUGCUUCAAAUGGCACUGGUCAUAAUAUAAUGGACAUGAUUCUUAGAGAGUGUAUUGAAAAAUAUGAUCCAAAUAGUUGGUCACAUAAUGGACCGGGGGCAUUAAGACGAGUAGCGCAAAGAAUAUGUAAAGCUGAGUAUCCAAAGAUGAUUAAAAGGAUGUUACCUGAAUUUUGUGAGGGACUUAAAAUUAUGCCACAGGUGGAAUUCUUUCCCUUAAAUCCAGACGAACAUAUAAAUAAAGAUCCUCAAAUCGUUAAACAAGCGCUCAAGAAAGUAACAGAUCAAACGGUUGCAAUUCAUUUAUGGAGCAGUCUUACACGAGAGAUCGACAUUUUGAAAUCUGAACCAGACUCAUUUUAUACCAUUAUGUCAAAGAAAUUUUGCCCGAAAUCCUUUGGAGCAUCAGGUUUACACUUCAAUUAGAAACAAUGAUCACUGAACAUUUGAUAAAAAAAACAAUCCAAAUUAAUCAUGUAAAUAAAAAAUAUGCGUAUUAUUAUAUGACAAAUCUUCAAUAAAUGAUAUUUCUUACCGUUGG